AUAUUACUAUUUGUCAAAUUGAUUCUGAAACUGUUAUAAAUGAAAUUGUAAAAGCUCUUAACAAGAAUGUAACUUUAACUUCUUUGUAUAUUCAUUAUAGGUAUAAUCCUUGUGUUAGAAUUGAUGAAUAUUUCGAACAUAAUAAUAGUUAUAUAGAACCUGAUGAUUCUGAAGAAUCAGACGGAUUUGAUGAGAUUGAAGAUAUGUUGAAAAGG